GCCGAUUCUCCGCCGGUGCCAAGCCACCGAUCGGUUACGAACGGGCGCAUUGUAACCGUGAUUCGGGCAUUUCGCAAUUAGCAUUUGUAUUUCUACUGCAAUGCUGAUACCACACGCCUGCUGAUUGCAAGGCCAUCAACGCGAUCGCAACGUCAAGUCUUGUCGACCCCGAACCGAGGCAAGAGUUAAAUACACACCUAAAUACGCGUACAACCGAUCGGCGAUAGUAUAAAUACAGAACUCGGUGCACACCGAAUUCAUCCUCACUUCUCUUCAAGUCGUCAAACCGGCAAGAAAACUCACCAAAAAAUCACCAUGUUCAAGCUCGCGUGUCUCUUCGCCUUCGUGGCCGCCGUUUCAGCCGGACAUCUUGCAGUGGCUCCUGUCGUAGCUGCGGCAGUUCCGGCUGCACCUUUCGUAACGGCCCGAAGCAGCCAGAGCAUAGCGAGGAAUUACAACACCCUGGCUGCCGCCCCCCUGGCCUACACAGCCCCCGCGGCCGUGGCCGCCCCCUUGGCCUACGCCGCCCCCGCAGCAGCUCUUCCUGCCAAGCUCGCCUACGCCGCCCCGGCCUUCGCUGCCCCCCUGACUUACGCCGCCCCUGCAGCCCUGCCAGCUCCUCUGGCUUACACCGCCCCAGUUGCUCACGUGUCGCCGUACGCCGCCGCUGCCCCUCUGAUCCUGAAGAAAUAGGCUGGAACGUGGAACGAUUAUUUGCUUAUUUGAUGACGAAUAAAGAAUUAUUGAUAUUGAAAAAAUAA